AAACGCAGUUCAGGACCAGAAGACUCGAGAACUGCGGACUGAGGCUUCGGAGCGAGCAGGGUGCGCGAGCAGGGUGCGCGCAGCUGGCGAGAAUCUCCUUCAGCUAAGGCCAAGCUUUGCACACCGGUUGGUUCUCAGCCAUGAUGUCCAAGGCACAUUCCUCUUUGUUCCCUGUGAAAAUGGUCACUGACAAAGACAGCCUGGAGUUCAUAAACAGCUCCUCUUCCUUCGUUGAAGACAAAAAGAAAUCUUCAAAGAAAAGCAAAGGGAAUGUGACUAUAUCUGACCCCUCAAGUAACCCUUUCCACAUGUCAGGGGAUGUGGAUUUCUUCUUGUUCAGAGAGCAGGAGCGGGAUAAAGCCAUUGUAGAACGUGAACAAAAAAAGAUGCUGAGGGUGCACCAGAAGAUGACCUACUCAUCCAAGGUGUCCGCCAAGCACAUUAGCCUGCGCCGGGAGCUGCAGCUAGAAGGCGAGAUGGAGGACCAGGAGCUGAUUGCCGAGUCCCGGCAGCUGCAUGCCUUCCGUAACAACACGGCCUGGAAGCUGGCCAUGACCCAAGAAAGGAAGGGGAUACCUGAAACAUUGAAUGACUACUUGGAACAGAAGCGAAACAUGUUCCUCCUGCAGUACGCCCUGUCAAUGAAGCGCAAUGAAAUCCAGCGGCUAGAAAUGCUGGCGACCCGGGAGGAGAACAGGCUGGAGAGGGCGGAGAAGUUCCUGGAGAAGGACGCAACCUUGUUUGACGAAUUCCUCAGGGAGAAUGACCGCAGCUCAGUGCAGGCCAUGAGACUGGCUGAGAAAGAGACCAAGAUCAAGGUGGAGAAGAUCAUUGAGAUCCGGGAACUCACGGCCCAGAUCAUGACCAUCAAAAGUGAAAUCUCCAAAUUCGAAGACACUUUGCAACAUUACAAGAUCUACAAGGAUUUCCUGUACAAGCUGUCACCCAAAGAGUGGUUGGAAGAGCAGGAGGAGAAGCGUCUGGCUCUCAAAAAGGCCAAGGAGCCCGGGGAGUUGGCCAAGGACACCAGCACGGUCGCCUUAUUAGGGGACAAAGGGUCUGGCAUCAAGAGCAAGACAGCCUUGCUGUGGAAAGAGGUUCAGAGCUUGAAGAAGUCCUCAAAACUGAUGCGAUCUGGGCAGGUCCCAUCCAGCACUCAGAGCUUCCCGCGUGUUGGCCAGCCCAGCCAGGCCAGUCAGCCCAGCCUGUACAAUGACCUGGACUCCCGGCUGUCAAGCUCUACGCUGCCAUCACAAGAGGACACUGACAGCGAUGGGGAGGAGCUGGCGCUGUACUUCACUGAGCCCCAGCAGCUCCUGGACGUCUUCACACAGCUAGAGGAACAGAACCUGUCGCUGAUUCAGAACACACAGGAGAUGGAGGAGACCUUGGAUGAUCUGAAUGUCACUCUGAAAAACACCCAGAUCCGCAUGGACAGGGAGGUCAACCUGCUGAAGCAGUGGAUCACCACCAUGAUGAUAUCAAUCUCCAAGGAGGAGGAGUCAGCAGCAGAGCUGCAGCUCAAAGCCCGAGUCUUCCACUUCGGGGAGUAUAAGGGUGACCAGCAGGACAAGCUGCUGGAGAGCCUCAACCUCAAGGUGAUGGACGUGUACCGGAAAUGUGUGGGCACGCACCAGGAGGCCAACCUGGGCACCGUGCAGAUGCUGACCGUGGUGGAGCACCAGCUAGAUGAGCUGCUCGAGAAUCUGGAGCGAAUACCCCAGGUCAAGAUCGAGCAGGCUGAGAAGGCCAAGGAGAGGGAGCGGCGCAUGAGGAUGCGUGAGGAGAAGGCCAGGCUGCAGAAGGAGCUGCAGGAGGAGCGUCUGCAGCGGGCUCGAGCCAGGGCCCAAGCGGAAAUCAAAAAGAAGAGAGGCAGGAGAUUGGUAAGCCGCUCCCGUCCACCAGUCAUCAAAAUAAAGGAGGUAUCUGAGCACGUGGCGAUGGACAAGGACAAGGAGGAGAUGCUCUUCUUCUUCACUUAGCAGCAGAGCUGGCUGAGGGCUCAGGAAGAGGUCAGUAGUUAGUGAAGGCAGGAGCUGUGAGCCUGAUGGGUCCCCAACUCCAUCUUAUGCUCUCCUGUCAGCCUCCUUACAAACAGGAAAUAAAGUCACGUCUCUUGGGUGUCUGAA